UAGAUCGUUCAUUUUCCUUAACCUAGUCGAAGUUUUAAAAUGUACAAAGUUUUAGGAAGUUUUUUAGCUUUUACAGUUUUUUGUACAGAACUGAAGAUAAGCUCAGGCACGCAGAAUGACGAUAGCAGAGUUUCUAGUGGCAAAUAUCGGUAUUUCUCAGAGAAUGAGCGGAUUAAAUUACGAGAAGAAGCUAGACAAAUGUUUUACUUUGGGUAUGACAAUUACAUGAAUUUUGCUUUCCCAAAAGAUGAACUAGAUCCGAUUCAUUGUAGAGGAAGAGGACCAGACUAUGACAAUCCAUCAAAUAUUAACAUCAAUGAUGUUUUAGGAGACUUUUCAUUGGGACUGUUGGAAUCUCUUGGCACUUUAGCAGUAAUGGGCAACAGCAGUGAAUUCAAGAGAGCAGUACAACUUGUGAUUGAUUCUGUAACAUUUGAGAAGAAUAAUACAGUCCAAGUUUUUGAAGCCACAAUCAGAGUUCUUGGAUCAUUGCUGUCUGCGCACCUGAUCAUUAAAGAUCCUCUUCAGCCUUUUGGGGAUAUGGUGCCAUUAGACUAUGAUAAUGAAUUAUUGCUUCUGGCUCAUGAUGUAGCAAAUAGGCUGAUGGCUGCAUUUGAAACAUCAGCCACAAAAAUUCCAUAUCCUAGGGUAAAUUUACUUUAUGGUCUGCCAUCAAUUGUAUAUAACGAAACUUGUACAGCUGGUGCUGGUACUAUUAUAUUAGAGUUUGGAAUUCUGAGCAGGCUUCUGGGUGAUCCAGUUUUUGAAACUUUUUCCCGGAAAGCAGUGGAGGCUCUUUGGAAGCGCCGUUCUGUAGAGACUGGGCUACUUGGAAAUCCUAUUAAUGUAGAGACUGGAGAAUGGACAGGAAAAAUGAGUGGAUUAGGUGCUGGCUUAGAUUCCUUUUAUGAGUAUCUGUUAAAGGGUUAUAUUAUGUUUGGUGAGACAGAGGAUCUCAAAAGAUUUAAUGACAUCUAUAAAGCAAUAAACAGAUAUCUGCGAAAAGGUCGACCUAAAUGCAAUGAAGGUAAUGGUUCAACACCCUUGUAUGUGAAUGUGCACAUGAACUCCGGCCAAACAGCUAACUUGUGGAUAGAUGCUCUUUCCGCGUCGUUUGCAGGAGUACAGGUGCUAAAAGGGGACAUCAAAGAAGCCAUCUGUACGCAUGCUCUGUAUUACGCGAUCUGGAAAAAGUACGGGGCUAUGCCGGAAAGAUUCAACUGGCAAAUCAAACAGUCAGAGGUUCACUUCUCUCCACUAAGACCGGAGCUGAUUGAAUCAACUUACCUUUUACAUCAGGCCACCCAUCACCCGUUCUACCUCCACGUUGGUAGAGAAAUCAUGAGGGACAUAGAAAAACAUAACAAAGCAAGGUUGGUGUGUCUGUUCGAUGACAGCAACCAUCUCAACCAAGACGCUUCAAAUUACAUUUUUAGCACUGAAGGGCAUGUCUUUAAACUCGACUCUCGGUUUAGGAAAAGGCCCUGGGACGAAGAGUCGGAAAAGUUUGUACAAAAGGCAACGAAAAGAACUUCCUACACCCGGUCCUCCGGGAGUUAUAAUGACAGUAUUGGGUGCGUCAGGUUUUGUGGUGACCUUACCAGUCCUCUACCAAUGGACAUCCGAUACUGGGAGGAAGUAGAAGCAGCAGUUGGUAUAUGACAACCGUGCCAAUUGCGCUGAGAAUACACAACAAACAACCAAUCACGGCAUGAGUUUCUUCACAUUCUAGCUGCUGCAUGGUACACUAUUUUUCCUUUAGUGCGUCAGGUUUUGUGGUGACCUUACCAGUCCUCUACCAAUGGACAUCCGAUACUGGGAGGACGUAGAAGCAGCAGUUGGUAUAUGACAACCGUGCCAAUUGCGCUGAGAAUACACAACAAACAACCAAUCACGGCAUGAGUUCCUUCACAUUCUAGCUGCUGCAUAUCAGUGGUACACUUGAACUGGAAAAUCAUUCAACUUCCCAGUUAUCAUCAAGGAAUCUCUUGGCGUUUACUUCACACUACUAUUAAAUGCUUUUUCAAAUCAGGUUAAAAUUGCAAGAAAACUCACUACAAGACGUUUGAGUAAAGUGUUUUUCUGAGAAGUUAUAUUUUGGAGAUUUCUGAUCAAGUAACUGUGGAUCAUUGCGUUAUCUGGCUUGAGGCUUAGAGUAUAUUUUAUGGACUAAUCCAGAACCUGGUUGCACCCUCUGCGUUGAAGAAAUGAUCACUUGUCGCGAUGUACUCAAGAUGUCUUGAAAGGGAUCUUUUUUAAUUCCCCUACAGAUAGAUGUGCCUUGAAAGUGGUCGAUCAAGCGAGACAUCAUACAUUAAUGAAACUGAGCCGAAAUGUUGGGGAAGAUUUUCUGUAGUGAAAGCUUCAAUGAAGGUUUUUCACUCAAGAGUAGAAAAGUCCGGUAGAGGGAGCAGGAAUACUGAGGCUAAAUUUCUACGUUCAAUCUUUUCAAUUGGAAAAUGUUAACGACUUGUGAAAAAUAGUUCGCGACUGGAAUGACCCGACGUUUCUUCUUAGACGGUAGAAAUAUCAGAUACCUUGGGAAAUUUUUAAGCUUUCUCGGUGCGCAUCGCGCUCACAGUCCCUUUCGCAAAGUUCAGGACGUUAGCAGUCUGCCUCUCUAUCACAGAAGGAUUCCCAACCGCACGUUCAAUGGAUUUUUUUCAAUUCAAGGGGAAGGAACUUUGAACAGUAUGCUAGCAGUCAUAAUCAGAUGUGACUUUGGCAAAAGUGGACCACAGAGCUACGCUGAAUUUAGUUCAUAGAAAUAUGGAACAAAUUGACAGUGAUGAACGAUGAAACUAAUUUAUACAUUGCAGAGAAGAAUGGCAAAGGAAAGAAAAAUGUCGUAAAUUGAAAUUUUUCGUAGUUGGCUUUUUAAGGUAAAUAGCAAAUUUUGUAAGAAGAACUAAUGAACAAAAGGAGUCUACUCAAAGUUGAAUACUUCAGUUCCGUUUAUAUGACAAUAAAAAGAGUUUUACAGCUGA